GGGAAUGGACGUGUUGAGCUGGAGGGGGAGUGCCGUGCCCUGGCGGUGCGACGUGGAGGAGUGCGUGCGGACGUGGGCGCCUCCGUUUCGUUUCUGCGCAGACGCCACAGUGUAUGUGGAAAGCAGUGGGGACGCGAGAAGCAUGAUGCUGGUCCCCACAAACUGAGAGUCCCCCCCCCCAGAGGGACACUCAUGCCUGAGGCUCUGGAUCCAUGUUAACCUCUGGGGUUCCAGCCUUGCUGGGGGGAGGGGAUGCCGGCCGUAGGUAAUGAAAGUUGAGCGUUUUUGUCACAUCCUGCCUGCAGUGUCCCACUGUUGACUCAGGCAGCCACGGUUUUGUUUGCAGGAAGUGCAGUGAGCCAGUGUGGUGGGCCCAGCUUACGACAGCAGCGGCGCCUCUCGCUCUCCUGAAUAAAGCCGCGAUCACACCCAGUCCUCCGUGGCGGCUGCUUGCGAGCUGGUCUCCCCUUAUCUCGAGCUUGUUUUAAACCAUGUGUUAUUUCUGGGGACUUUGUUUGUCUCUGCUUACGUUUUUUUGAGCGCAUGCGUGACACUUGACCAAGCCUCCAACCUGAAAUGCAAAUGCUGCGCAGGAGCCCAGAGUGUUGCAAUGCGAGACUUGCAUUCCCGCUGAUGUCACUGUGGAGGGACGGCCCUGCCGAAGCCAGUUGCCCGGCAACAUUCCGUAGAGAGAGAGAGAGAGAGAGAGAGAAGGGGAGGAGGGGCUUAAUCUCAACUGUUGCCAGAGUGCUGCCUGUGUGUGUGUGUGUUGUGUGUGCGUCUCCGCGUGAAUCAAUGUGAGCGAGCGAGUUACAGCGGGUGCAACUCAGGGAAACUCAAGCAGCUCCGCUCUGCUGUGAGAGGAACAGCCUCUUUCUGUCCCUCUUCCUCUGGAUUACCGUCGGAGGAGAUCCGAAAGACUUGCUGAAGAAUCGGCGGCACGUUCACCGAUACCUCCUCUGCCCCUCCCCUGCCCGUCGCCUCACCUGUUGUAGCACCUGCGUGGGACGACCUGGCAGACUGGGAAGGCCCUGAGGCUCGGAUGUCUUCGGGGGAUGGUGGCACGAGCUGCGCCACCCGGAGUGCGGGGGAGGCCGGUGACCCCUCAGUGAGUGACAGGCAGCACGGGGGCCAGGGUACCGGCUGGCCCGUCAUCAUGUGCACGAGAUCGGACCCCGAUGGGCAGGUGUUCCCCAACAAGGACGCCCCGAACGGCCAAGACGGCACAGAGUUCAACGCGGACGACGCAGUAGUGGCCCCCCAGGGCUCGGGAACCAGCGGGGGAGGGAGGCCUGCUGACAAGGACGACACUCUCCGAGGACUCUUUGUGCCCAGAGAAAAGUGUGUUCAGACAAACCCCUCAGUGACCUCUGAGGUGUCCACGCGCUCCCCUGCUUCCCUGAAUGAGGAACAGUUUGAGGACUACGGAGUCGGCGAGGACGUGGACUUCACCCCCAGCAGCCCCUGUCCGGAUGACGAGACUCGCACCAACGGAUACUCCGACCUGGGCUCCUCGGUGCCCUCCAGUGCUGGCCAGACCCCUCGCAAGAUGAGGCAUGCAUACAACAACGAGCUGAUGGACGUCUACUGCUCCCAGUGCUGCAAGAAGGUCAACCUCCUCAAUGACCUGGAAGCACGGCUCAAGAACCUGAAGGCCAACAGCCCAAACAGAAUGAUCUCCAGCACAGCAUUUGGAAGGCAGCUGCUCCACAACAGCAACCUGAGCAGCAGCAAUGGCAGCACGGAGGACCUGUUCCGGGACAGCAUCGACUCCUGUGACGCGGACAUCACGGAGAAGGUGAGCUACUUGGAGAAGAAAGUGACGGAGUUAGAGAGUGACAGCCUGAUGAAUGGCGAUCUGAAGUCCAAGCUGAAGCAGGAGAACACGCAGCUGGUGCACAGGGUUCAUGAGCUAGAGGAGCAGAUAAAGGACCAGGAGGCACGGGCAGAGCAAUCUAUGGAAGAGGAGCUGAAGAGGCACCGUGACGCCUACAGCAAGCUUGAGAGGGAGAAGAACACAGAGAUCGAGCUGCUCAGCAACAGACUCCAGCAACUGGAAGAGGAGAACGGGGAGAUGAAAGUCAACCUGCACAAGCUAAAGUCCCAGACAGAGAAGCUGGAUGAGGAGAAGCAGCGAAUGACUGACAAGCUGGAAGACACCAGCCUGCGCCUGAAGGAUGAGAUGGACCUCUACAGGAAGAUGAUGGACAAGUUGCGGCAGAACCGACACGAGUUCCAGAAGGAGCGGGAGGCCAUGCAGGCUCUAAUUGAGGACCUGCGGCGAGAGCUGGAGCACUUGCAGCUUUUCAAGCUGGAGGCCGAGAGACCUGGAAGGGGGCGUAGCUCCUCCUCGAGCCUGUCGGAGUUCAACUCCAAGAGCCGUGAGCUGGAGCUGGAGAAUGAUAACAAGCGUCUCAAGCAGAAGAUAACCCCCCAGGACAUUUCUUGUGAGCUCCAGCAACUUGUUUCUGCUGGAGCACGACUCCUUCCCAGUCUUAUGGAAAACCAGAAGCUUCGGGACCAGAAUGAAGACCUUAACGGGCAGAUUCUUAGCCUGAGCCUGUACGAGGCCAAGAACCUCUUUGCGACCCAGACAAAAGCUCAGUCAUUGGCUGCCGAGAUAGACAAUGCCUCUCGGGAUGAGUUGAUGGAAGCCCUGAAGGAGCAGGAGGAGAUCAAUUUUCGCCUCAGGCAGUACAUGGACAAGAUUAUCUUGGCUAUCCUGGACCACAAUCCUUCCAUCUUGGAAAUCAAAAACUAGACUGAACUGGUUGGGAGGGCCACAAUAAGCAGGCACUGCCCCCAACAGGCUGGGAGUAUAAACUGCACAGAUGCAGCCACUGGAACCGGAGUCGUUUUGUAUUUACAGUUUUGGGACUGCUGAAAUCUGUGAAUCACAAAAAUAUGUUAAUGUUUUUCAUGCACUUUUCCCCAUUUUUGUUCCAUUUGGUUGUCACCACUGCUGUAGUUUUUAUGGGAAUUUACUGGAAAAGCAUUUGGUAUAACUGGAUCAUGAGAAGCAUUAUCUUUGAGUUUAAAUAUAUACUACCUCUGGGUAUGUAAGUGGUAUGGUGUAAAAAAAAACCUGCCCUGUGCUUAAAAGAAAACAAUUUAAACAAUGAAAAGAUAUAAACAUGGUUCACGGUAAACAGUGGUUGUAGAAGGUAUGGUCUGAAACCGGAGGAUGGUUGGAAUGUGGAGUGGAGCAAGUUCUGAAAGUCAAGUAAGGAGGUAAAGUGGAACAUGCAUGUGUGUGUUGGCACUAAGGUGAAGCUUAGCAGGGAGCCCAGGACUGGUGAGAUGGGGUUGUAUAGCUUUUGGGAUAUCGCCCACAUUGUGGUCACGCUCCUGGGGAGAUGCAGGGUGAGAUGGGAUGGCACCUGGGCAGGAAGAAAUGUGCCGAGUGGAUUAAAGGGAGUAGCACGGGAGUACAUGAGAGUGAGAUGGAGUCUGGCCUGUUGGAGGACUGAAGGCAAUCAGUUUAGAUACGUUUUUCAGCCUGUUCUCAGGCUUAUGAUGCUAUUUAGUGCGACAGAAGGAGGUGGAGAAAUGGGUCUCUGCUGUUAGUCAUACUAAAAAGGGCCCAAGACAUGCAAUGCUGCACAUAUUCCUUGUGUGAUUGGUUACCACAGGAUAACCAAUCAACAAAAACCAUUCCCUUCUAACUGGUUGUUGAACAUGAGGCUGAGUGAUUGUGAAGAGGCAUGUUUGCUCAAGCUCACUUUGAUAUAUAUUUUUUAAAUUAUUAAGUGGGCAUUAAUGAAACAUCAAGACUUGAACCGAUCCGGUCCUUUAAGGAGAGAGUAUUCUGAGAGUGUUUUGUUUGUUUGGAGCCAGAAGUCAGUCUUGAAUGGUUUGCAUAUGUCUUUAUUAGUCAAUAGUUGCUGUCGGCUGCCUGAGUUGAGCACCAAGGACACUACAAAAGCUCAUUCAGCAGUCCGCAGUAAUGCAUUGUGACUGUGAAGAGUCCUAUCUGCUUUGUGAGCCAUUUUUGGGUCCCCAUGCAUCAGUAGUGCUUCUGGGUUUAGUCACGACUGGUGUAGCCAUGCACAAACUCUGAGAUAAUGCUGGAGGUUUUUCUUCUGUGAAUGUGAAUGCUGGCCGUGAAAUCUGAGAAGAGGCAUUAUGUGAUUUAUUUCCUGCACAUGAAUUUCCUGGGUUCAGUGGGGGGGGGUGGAGGGGGAACAACCACUGAAGUUACCAGAAUGUUAACUGGUGUGGGUGGUAAGAUAAAGUAGUUAUACAUUUACCAGCAGAUGAAUGUAGAGCAGUUGAUUUAACUGUAUAGAGGGAAGAGAUGUAAGUACUUGGGUACACUGUUACAGUACAUACAUUUAAAAACAGACUUGAAUAAUAGUUAUUUGAAUGAGGAAAAAAAAUAUUUUGUAACAAGUCUUCAAUGUGUAAUAUAAAAGCAGAAAAGAAUGUUUAUUUUCCCACCGAUCUAUACAUUAAAUCUGGGACAUGGAUAAUUCUUGUUUUUGGUCUUUCUUGUGGUAUUGUUCCAGAAGAUUCUGACAGAUACAUUUAUGUGAGAAGGGCAACCCAGCACUCUGUACUCCGGGCUGAAAGGCAACAUAGUGUCUACGUUUGUCUGUUACUCCCCUACACAUGGAGUGCUCACAUGAGGGCCUGUCGGUUCGGCCUUCUGUGGACGUAGCUCCUGUCAAGCACCUUAGGGAUGCAUGGCCAGAUGUGGCUUAGCAUGCUCCUGUUAGGCAGGUAGGGAAGCUCGGUCCAGACCUGCCAUCUUGGAGUGGGCGCAAGUGGGAAUUUGCCGGAAUGUAGCAAGACUGCAUGUCGUGGUCAAGGGUCGCCAAGUAAGAUGACGUGCACCAUGCUGUAGGUAGGCUGUGGUUGGCCUCACACAUUUGAGUUUGAUAGAAGGCGUGACCUUGCUUGUAUGGAAAACUGGACAGGGGGACACAGUGUUCUGGAACGGAAACUAGAAAACGGACUCUUCCUUGAGAGCUGUUUUACAGAAAGCUUGUCUGAAACAUUUUAAACUUUUCAUGUUUGCAGUGGUAUCUGGGGAGUGAUUACGUUCUCUUACCAGAAUGCAAACUGGGGGAGAAAACCCUUUGUAAGCUUAGAACUAUUAUUCUGCAAUAAACAAAUUUAAAACUCUGUGCUGGCAGGUUGGAUAAAGGUCAUGUGUGGGUCAGUUCAAAUUAGUGUGUUCUAAAUGUCACUGAAUGUAUCACCAUACAUUUCACUGCGGUCUCUGAAACGGCUCUCUUGUUUGGAAUUUUUUAUUUUUUUUUACUGUAAUGAGAUUUUGUGCAUCACCGUAUUUUAAAAGAUGUUUAAUUUAAGGGUAAUAGUUACAUUUAAUAAUCUACUGUGAAUCAUUGUAGUUUUGCUAUGUUGCACAAAACGCGUUAUUCUGCAUGUUCUAGGGCUUUUGUGUCUUUCUAACAAGUGACAUUUUCUAAUUUUCUGUAUCUGGCUGCAUAGAUCUUUUUAUACGCAUUUAGUAUGCAUUUAUAAUAUGUGUGAACAUUAUUCAUAACUUGUAAAUAUUGUACAUUAAAGUUUCUACUUUAUAUUCAUGUGCCACCCAAACACUUUUAAAAACAUUUUUUACUGGUUUACGAAGAAAAGGGCAAUAUGAGAGCAUGUUGUGUGCAUAUACGAGACUCGCAGCAAAAUAUUUUGAUCAUAUAUAUUACUUGAUUACCUUGUAAUUUGGGAUUUGUUUUCCAAAUGAUUUUGUCAGCCCUGUUCGACUUAAGGUAUGUCUUUUGUUUUGGCAUUAGUCCAAAUAAGUAUCCCCCUUUUUGGUUGCGUUUUUGUCUAGAAGACAAAACUACCAUCCCCGUACCAUCAAUAGCUUUAAUCCCUGCUUGUCUUCAGUUUGUCCCCGCAAAUUCACGUCCAUCUCACGUCCUUUUGAUAUGGUAAUGGCCUUGUCUCGUGUCUUCCCCUGAACAUUAUAAAAACUCUCCAAAGGUGUCUAAAUGACGUACAAAAUAUUAACUGCGAUACAUGUUAUUGCAGUGAAAGCAAAUUCUUAGUGGUGGCACUUGAAUUCCCUCUUUUUUCCCGCCAGUCCAGUGUAUUUUCGAAUGGUACACCAGUUAAUAAAUUUGGUUUGCAAACUAACUAUAUUGAUCGAGAGCAGUCUUACGAAUCUGCCUGCCCUGUUUCUGCGUUUUGGGGAAAAACUGUUCACUGUCGGAUGCGCUUUGCAUAGUUAUUGGGGAAAAACUAAUAGAUAAAACCUUACCUUAAUACUGUGGAGAUGGUAAUGUUUGUAGAACUAUUACUGACUGCACACAUACCAGAGUGCUAUUUUUUUUUGAUAAUUUACCGCUAUUACUGCACUAUUCGAUCACUGACCUUUUAUACAAGAGAAUUUUACUUCUCUGACGCAGUUCUUUAUAGGUGCUUGUGACCAUACAGUUUCAUGCUGUUAAUAAAAUGAUCUGCUUUAGCAUGACUAA